UUUUGUGUAAAUUGGGUUAAUCCAAAAUAGUUACCUAUGAUAAUAUUGACAUAAUUUAGACAUAAUCACAAUAGAUUCUCAUUUUACAAAAUCCUCAGUUUUAUAAUUUCUCUUAAAAAAAUGUGGAACAACUGCUGCUGUAGUAAAUCACCGGAAUGCGAAGACCCAAAUGAUUGGUGUGAAGGUAAUAGAAAAGUUAAAGGUCGUUUUGGAGUUGCUUUUGUGGCCGAAACGCCUUGCUGUUGUCCAGAACCGAUUGGAUGGCAAGUAGAAUUUUGUGACACCCCCUCAAAAGUUGAGCAACGAUGCAUGGAAAUGAUUCAAUGGGCGAAUCGACCUCCACUUCCACGUUGUGACCCAUGUCCCCCUCUUGAAGUUGUUUCCCCUUGUUUUCCCCCAAAAUGCAACCCUUGCUGUCCAAACACUAAUCCUUGUAGCCCUUGUGGUCCUUGUGGUCCUUGUGGACCUUGUUUACCAUGCAAUCCAUGUGGUCCACCAUGUAUGUUUGAAAGCAGACCAAGAAGAAAAUGCUCUUGUUGCCCCGCCAGCUCUAAAAAAAAAUGUUCAUGUUCGAAGAGUAAUUCAAAUAGGAAAAGGUGUGCAUGUCAAGAAAACGAAGAAUUUUGCGAUUGUUGUCCCAGAAAAAGAGAUGGAAGAAGGAGAAGAGAGAAUGGAUCCCCAAAUAGACCCAGAAAUAAAAGUAAAGGGAACGUUUAUGAUGAUGAAAUACCUGUGAAAGAAUCUCGACAAAGGUCGAAGAGUAAAGACCAGGCACUCAGCAUAGUCAGUUCAACAGGCGCUAAAGAAUCAUCAGACAACAAAAGGAAGAAAUGUAAUUGCGCUAAAAAACUCGAACUUUGCAGGGAAUUCCUAACCGCCAUUGUAAAAAAUUACAAAUCAAUUAUGCAAUCACGAGAAGAAACCCAACAAAAUAGGCACCACGACGACAGUUUUGAUUCUGAUUGUAGAUGUGAAGAUAAAAUGAAAAAUGUUUACGAAAAAUUGAAACAAUUUUAUAAAAACUUUGAUUAUGAUAAUGAAGAGGAAGAAAGUCAUCAAGAAUCUUCAAGGAAUACUUCUAAAGGAAGCUCGAUUGAAAAGUUUCAUCAAACGAGUGACGUCUACAGAUUGGAUUGUAUUAAUUUAGGUGUUCAAACGUUAAACACCGAAAACAAAUACUGUCAAUCUCAACGUUCGAAUUAUGAAAAAAGCGCGGGAGAAAUGUACAAAAUCGAAGAAGAAUCCUUUGAUUUUGAUCCAACUCCGUUUUGUUUAACCGAAUUGAAUAAAACCGCCGAUUAUUGCGAUUUAAAACGUUUCAAAUCUAGAGAUUUAAUAAAUAAAAUGUCUCCGCCUGAUCAAUCUUGGGAUUCUCAAGCAUGGAGGAGAACGCAAACAUUGGCUUCAGUUUGUAUCGAAAAUUGUCCAGAUGAAGUUUUUCGUAGACUUGUUCGAGUGCGUUCGAUGAUUUUUAGAUUAAUAGAGGUUAUACAAAGGUUUCUAAACACCGUUUUUGGUAUGUUGCCUGCACGUGAGGGGGAAGGAAGUAGUGUGUUAAGUUGAAAAAAAUUAGUUUUAAAAAAAACUGUGAAACGCCAAUGAAGAUGACCUUUGAUUUAAUAUAAACAGUUGUCCACGUCCGUUUUUUGAGUUUUUAACGUCUGGAAAUCAAUAUAUUUUUUUCAAAUAA